AUGGUUCAAAAGGCCGUAUCUGAUCUUCGGUACAAAAAUAAAUUAUUGCAUCAAAAAGAUCAUAGACUGCAAAAGAAAGUUGAAAGCUUAAAUGAAAUGAUUAGUGUUCUUAAAAAAAAAUCUAUGAUUUCUGAUAAUGCAGCAAUAAACCUAAAGGUAUUUUUACAGAUUGUCGCCCAGACAGUACCUACAUCAGUAAACAAUAUUUUGUGUUGUCAUUUAUUAGUUAAUAUUAUUCCUUGCUAUGAGUUCAGAUGUGUUGGAAAGAAUAGUAAAAGAAUCAUUGAUAGGAAAAAAAACAUGUUUUUGGUAAAGAGAUUAGAUAAUUUGCAGUUACUCUACAAUAUUAAUCUCCACGUGCAUACUCAUGUAAGAAAAACAUUUGCUAAUGUCUUACCUCAUCCCCGUACCCUAAGACGAUGGUAUAUGGUUGUAGACGGUAAACCAUGUUUCACAAAAGAAUCAUUUGAAACAAUCAAGAACAAAGUCUUAGAUAGUAAAGUAUAUUGCAAUUUGACAGUUGAUGAAAUGUGUGUGAAAACUGAAAAGGCAUAUUGA